CCAAACCCAUGAUCCCUUGCGCCAGGCAGGAAGAACGCGUGUUAGCAGGGGCUCGCGCCGAUCCAAGUUAGGAGCUCUCAGCUGCUAGCCUUGGCCCAUCAUGUAAAGUGCCUGCCGAGGUUUCUUUUGCAGAGCGCUUGCAGAAAUCUCCCAGUCGCGCUUUGCGAAGCGUGCAAUUGAAAUUCAGUCGUUUGCACGGAGAAGAGCUCACCCGACGGCCAAAGCGUCCUAGUGCAUGAAGAUCGGGGCUUGUAUUUUGCACCUUUGUUGCAAAGCAAGCCCGCUCGAAGCCUCGCCGCGAGGGAUAGAUGGAGGGAGGGAGCGACAAGGAAGGCAAAGUCUUUUGUGCUUCCCCUUCCCCCAAUCCAAAAGGGGAGAUGUCUGCGCAAAAACCAGGUAAAAAGAAGCCCCCACUCAAGCUUCCAAAAGAGGCGUUUGAGAAACCCCAGCCUGCACCCACACCCCCAAGAGACCUGGACUCUAAAGCCUACGUUACCAUUGGAGAAAAGAACUUUGUGGUGAAGGCAGAUGAUUUGGAGCAGAUUGGAGAGUUGGGCAGGGGAGCAUAUGGAGUGGUGGACAAGAUGAAACACAUCCCGAGUGGAGUCAUCAUGGCUGUGAAGCGCAUCCGGGCCACAGUAAACACACAGGAGCAGAAACGACUGCUGAUGGAUCUGGACAUAUCGAUGAGAACAGUCGACUGCUUUUACACUGUUACCUUCUACGGGGCUCUUUUCAGAGAGGGCGACGUGUGGAUCUGCAUGGAGCUGAUGGACACCUCUCUGGAUAAGUUUUAUAAGCAGGUACACGAGAAGGGUAUGGCCAUACCCGAGGACAUUCUGGGCAAGAUUGCAGUCUCUAUCGUGAAAGCAUUAGAGCAUCUCCACAGCAACCUGCAAGUGAUCCACAGAGAUGUAAAACCCUCUAAUGUCCUGAUAAACAUGCAAGGGCAGGUGAAAAUGUGUGAUUUUGGCAUCAGCGGGUAUUUGGUGGAUUCAGUGGCGAAGACCAUGGAUGCCGGAUGUAAGCCAUACAUGGCGCCUGAGAGAAUCAACCCAGAAACCAAUCAGAAAGGCUACAAUGUCAAGUCUGAUAUCUGGAGUUUAGGAAUCACAAUGAUUGAACUGGCCAUUCUGCGGUUCCCCUAUGACUCAUGGGGAACACCAUUUCAGCAGCUCAAGCAGGUGGUGGAGGAGCCGUCCCCUCAGCUGCCCGCGGACCGAUUCUCAUCUGAGUUUGUGGACUUCACAUCACAAUGCUUAAAGAAGAAUUCCAAAGAGCGGCCAAAUUACACAGAAUUAAUGCAACAUCCAUUUUUCACCCUCCAUGACUCCAAAGACACCGACGUGGCUAGCUUUGUGAAGAGCAUCAUCGGGGACUGAGCACGUCCCUCUCGGCAAACCUGAUGUGUUGCCGCGGGGGGAGACGGGACUAUUUCAGAAAAAAGCACCAAUAGCAAGACUUAACACCUGUAAGACACGCCCACCUCAGCAGCGGUGCGCAAGCACUCAGGAGGGUCCGGGGAGAGAACACAAAAACUGAGGGGGGCGGGACGUUUCCAAGCAACACACAGGAGUAGGGCCCGGGACGAGAUCUUGGCGCGCGUGCGCACUUAUGCGUGGGUUCGUGUGUGAGAGCGAUUUAUGUGCGUGUGAAUUAUUCGCCUGCCUGUAUGUGCGUACGUGUGCAUGAAAGGGUUUGACUGUCCCGAGUCUGAAUUUCAACUCACACUUUAGCGGUCAAUCUCGGCUUUACCUCUCAGUCCAAAAAGCAGUUUUAGCAUCAGGUGAGUCUGUCAUAAAUGUUGAGUUUCCCCACAGGCACUUCAUCGUGUAAAAGUAUUCAGCAAUGUUACCAACACGCCACGUCCGGUUCUGAUAAAUCCUAUACGAAAAAUGAAAAUAAGAGAGUGGUAUAGAUAUAUUUAUCUAUUAUCUAGAUAUGCAUAUAUACUCAAAUUGUUUCUUGAAUUUGUUAAACGAGUACAUGAGGACAAUAUACUGUGUUGGCUGUGAGUUAUGGUUAUUAAAAAAUGGAUGAAUGAAACAUCUCUUUCUUCCCCCCUCUGAAUUUUUAAAUGCUGUCGAAAUGGUAAGGGUCGGGAAUUAGACCCGCCGAGCUGUCCCUGAAUCAGAUGUUAACAGACAGAAGGGCCUUACUGCAGUGUGUGUGUGUGUGUGUGCUGUCUGCGCGUGUGAAUGCAUGUAUGUGCUUUAUUUGCUACUAUAUACAAUGAUGAUUUGGGGCAAAAGGUAUCUUAAGUUUGUUGGCUACAACUAGUUGUCUCUGUUCUGAGCCAAUUAAAUGAAAUUAUCACUCUUUCCAACUGCAAUCCAACUGGAAAAUUACUAUUAUUUUAUUAUAAUUAUUAUUAUUAUACACAGUGCGUAUGUAUUAACAGUAAUGAGGUGUUCUGCAGAUUCUGUUUGUGUUGUAACUGCUGUUUUUCCUCAUUUGAAACUUGACAAUUUCUUUUUAAUUUUACGGUCGUGAGUGAUUGAUUUAUUUUUUCUUUUUUGUUCAAAUGAGAGCGUGUACAUGUCUGCAUAUUUUAUGUUAAAGUCUGAACACACGUAGCUGACACUUAUUUCGAAGCUUCACUGUGAUUUGGAAGCCUGAUUUUGUGCCUCUAUUAAAAAUGCAAAAAAAUGUACAAUACAUCAAAACUGCAAACCCCACAAUGCUUCGCUUUCCACAGGUUUCAGUGGCGACGGGUCUGUUGCUUUGCUCUCUGGGCUUCUGGUUUUACUCUUGUAAAAUUUCUGUAAGGUGAAGAUGACGAAUGCGUGCGAGUGUUUGGGAUUUUUCUCUUAGUGUUUUUUUUUUUUGUUCGUUUGUUUAUGUCUUGUGACCACUGUAUACAGAAUGGAUAACACUGCUGAUUUGCCUGUAAUCGUUAUAUUGUUUGAUCCAAACAUAAAAGUUCUCUCAUA